GCAUUCACAGCAGAUCUCUUAAAAGUAAUCAUAACUUUAAAUUUGAGCUAAAAUGAUAAAAAAUGAGAUAAAAUGAUUAUUCAACAGAUCACCUAUAUUAAGAUGGGCCCACAAAAAAAUUUACACCCCUCAAAUCUAAUCCUAAAUUUACACUUAUUUUUGUUGGCGUAAAGAUUUCAUUCUUCUGGCGCCACAAUAUUUUCACUUCCCCGCCGCGUCUCCCUCCAAAACUUUUAUCAUCUUUCUUCACUUUUUUUCUAUCAUUCAAGACAUAAAUCUGUGAAGUUUAUUUCCAUUAAGAAAAAAAGAAGCCCUAGAAGACAAUUUCAUCUCAAGUUAUUUCUUAUUAAUCAAUUGGAGAGCUCGAUCAUUUUAUAAUCAAGUGGGGAAGUGAAUACUUGCUCAAACUCUUCAUACCUCUGAAUUCAACCUCGGAUUUCGCCACUUUAUUCUCUCAGGUUGGAGGAGGUCACCAGACUCACCACUCGACGGACUCUUUUCCGGCCACACCACCACCCGAUCAGCGGGCUCUUCGCUGGCCACACCACCACCCGUAGCAACAGAAAUGGAGGAUGACAUUUCUAAUUUCACCACUCUGUUGCAACAAGGUUCACAAGUGUUGAUGGAGAAUGGCUCCUUUGAUAUGUCAUCCGAUGUUACAAAAACGAGUUCAGUUGACAAACGUGGAAAGAACUUUAAUUCGGAUGAAGAUAAAUUACUAGUAUCAGCUUGGCUUAAUACUAGUUUGGAUGCAGCGGAUGGAAAUAACAUGAAAGGCGAUCGCUUUUGGAAACGAAUAGAAACUUACUACACCCAGUGGAAAAAUGCUGAUUGGCCUUCCCGUACUCGCAGCUCUUUAAAUCAUCGUUGGGGUAUCAUCCAACAUGAUGUCAAUAAAUUUUGUGGUUUCUUAACUCAAGUUGAAGGACUACACAGAAGUGGUGUUAGUAAUGAAGAUAAUAUCCAAGAAGCACGAAGAUGGUAUCUAGGUAUAGUGAAAAGUGCUUUUCGUUUCGAUCAUUGUUGGGUUCUUUUGAAGGAUCAGGAAAAAUGGAAAAGCCGCGAUCAAUUGGCUGGUAUUAAAAGGAAAAAGCUAUCAGCACCGUCUAAUCAUUCAACUCAGGAAACUGUUAAUCUCGGUGAAGACUGUGAUGAAGCAACCAAAGAGAAUUACAAUACACGACCAGGUGGCCGGAAAGCUGCAAAGGAAAGGAAGAAGUUGCUUGGUGAUGUUUCUGGAUUCACAAAUAUCCUAUCUGAGCUUAAGGAUGAAAAGCAGAAAGCUCGGGUUGAGAAACUUGAGAAAAUCAAUUUAUCUAUUGAACAAAAAUCCGUUGUAGAUUCAGUUCAUGAAAUCUUGGCAGAGGAGUUGGACGAAAACUUGGAGUUUGGCGGCUGGGAGGGUGAAUCCACAUAG